UGAUGUUUAUUUGACAAUCAUUUGAUGGAAACAGUGAAUUACAUCCAAACUUCACUCUUGACAUAACUCAACUUUUGACUCCAGUGAUACAAAGCUAUAUCAAACAGUACUAAGUCACUACCAUUCAAGGUUUGUUAUAUUAAAAUGUUACAAUGUACCAGAAGCAGGAAACUAUACAUCAAAGAGUGACAACACAAAACGCUGAGUCAUGUCAUAACAAUACAAUGGCGCCAUCUACUUCUAACAGCAAAUGGGAUGCCUUCUUAUCGAGGCUGCAUAAAAAGCGAUAUAGUGUGGCUACUUUGGGGUGCAUUUUGUUUGUUGGACUUUACAUUUAUUUGCAAUGGUCUAUGAUCCAGUUUCUCAUUGGCUGGGAUUUCAAACUGCCGAUAGUUUGCGCCAACUGUUUUGAGCAUGAUGACUAUAAGUAUGUUAUUAACAACAAAGACGUUUGUACAGGAGAUGUGUACUUGCUGGUUGUAGUUGCUUCUGUACAUAUGGACAUUAGUGCUAGACAUACAAUACGCAAAACAUGGGGCAGUAAGAGGAGAAUUAACGGCAAGAAUAUACGGACUGUGUUCCACUUUGGCACCCACGAGAUCCAGUCUUAUAACGCUAUUGUGUACAAUGAAGCUAAGAUUGAGAAAGAUAUAAUCGUAUCGAGCUUCAAGGAAAACUUUGAGAACAUGACUGUCCAUUCAGUAAUGGGAAUAAAGUGGGCGACACAACAUUGCCCACAAGCUAAAUAUAUCAUAAAAGCUGACGAUGAAACAUUCCUUAACAUACCAAAUAUAGUGGAACAGCUGGAAAACUUAAACCAACCAAAGGAUCUCAUUGGAGGACGUUGUUUGAAGCAAAAUCGUGAUGAAAUCACAAGUAAAUAUAACCCUGGACGAUCAUUCCAUCAACGUGACUAUCCACAGUACUGUCAGGGACCGGCAUAUUUCAUGUCGCAAGAUGUCGCGGGGGAUAUAAUCACCAUAGCCUCAAGUAUACCUGUUAUUCCCCUAGAGGAUGUCUACAUCACAGGAUUGUGCCGAGCAAUUAUUCAAACUAAACCAAUAGACGUGAAGGGAUUCAUAAUCCCAGAAGAAAAGAAAACAUUGGCGAAAUGUGAUAAAAUUGACAGUCUUAGUAUCCCAGAUGUUGGGAUUGAAGAAAUGAAGGAACUGUGGGCACUAGUAGGGGAUGGCCAAGCAGUUACAGAGUGCCACACUAACUGGACACCUGUCCAAAUAUCAGGAGUCAUUCUUCUUGCUAUUUUGAUUACAGCAUUCAUUAUGGUGAAAUAUCGCAAGGCAUUUAGCACAUAUUGAGUCCUGUCUAUGUACAUUCAAUUUUAAGCUCAUUAAUUGUUGUUAUCUCAUUAGUUAACUCAUUAUGCUGAAAUCAUACUUGACUUUAUCUACACAAUAUCUAUCAACUGAUUAAUAUUUGUAUGAAGAACAUGUUUUUUAUAAUAAA